AGAAUAAUAAUAAAUUAAGUCCAUUAGAAUAUUGGCAAAAGUAUUUCAUCAUUUAGUAAUACCUAAAUCGUUCAACAAAGCUUAAGAAUGACAGAAGUUCCUUUGAUGGUUAUGCCUUGGCAUCGGCCAGAUCCUUGUAAGCCUCUCAAAAUGCAGACGGACGCUGCUUUCAAGUCUUCCUACCUAGACUAUCUAGCAACUCUUCGUUUAGACUCAGACCCAUUGGACUUACCACUUUCAUCCAUAGCAGGGACCAUAGGUCCGGCAAGCAACAACGUGGAUAUGUUGGUAGAGCUGAUGAAGGUCGGCAUGUCUAUAGCAGUGGUGCCCCUGGCACUAGGUACCCGGCAGGCUCAGCUAGACACGAUUGCCAACAUUCGCACUGCAAACACAACAUUUACCAACAUGCGGGACAUGGUGUACCCACUGGGCAUUGCUGUGCAAACCAAGGGUCCCGGGCUGAGAGUGGGGGGUUUAGUGAAGGAUGUUCCAGUAAUGUUACCGCUCCACCACAAACUCACUUUGACCACUGACAAGGCGUGGAGAACCAAAGGAACGGAACACUACCUCUACAUCAACCUACCUGAGAUGUGCCAUAUACUCAACAAAGCGGACAUUCUACUGGUGGGCAGUGGCGUAAUCAUCCUAGAGGUGGAGAAUGUUGACCAGACUGAAUGCAAGUGCGUGGUUGUUGGUGGUGGAGAGGUUGAGAGCUACAUGCCCGUGUCUAUACCUGACGUCCCCCUGAACCUUCCACCACUCACUGACGAGGACGAGGACGACCUUAGAAUGGCAGCAGAAAUGGGAGUGGACAUUGUGGUGGCCACUCACACUCAGAACAAGAAUCUGAUACAGGACAUCAGGAAAAUACUAGACGAAAGCGACGGAGGAUCUGGAAUAAAGAUAUGGGCUCAGAUAGAGACCAACGUGGCCCUAAAGAACCUAGAGUGUAUCUUAGAGGUUGUUGACGCCAUUGUUCUCUCCAGACUCAAUCUUCUACAGGAUAUUCCCGUAGAGAAGCUCUUCCUUGCUCAAAAAAUCGCACUUUCCGCGUGUAAUAAGGCGGGAGUUCCAGUUUACGUUUCAUCUCACUUCCUCCCCUCGAUGCAAGUAGCCACGACCCCCUCCAUCGCAGAGGUCAAUGACGUCACCAGCGCCAUCUUGGACGGUGUGGACGGCUUCCUAAUGCGCAACACUGUCUCUCACGGCAAACAUCCUGAUAUCGCUAUCAGGACUCUGACUAAGAUUUGUGUGGAAGCUGAGGCGGCAGUGUGGCACCAUCAGACUUUUUCGUAUCUAAACGCCAAUGCACCGGCGCCCUUGGACCCGACCCACUCCAUCGCCAUAGCCGCUGUGGAGGCGGCUCUCAAGUCUUCAGCUUCGGUGAUUCUUCUGGUCACCACCUCUGGUCGGUCGGCGCAGCUAGUGGCGCGCUACAGACCCCGGUGUCCCAUCCUCGCUGUCACCAGAUACGGCCAGGUGGCGCGCCAGCUCAACUCGUGGAGGGCGAUCGUCCCACUACACUAUGUCGAUACGCCUCUACCAGAAUGGACUAGAGAAGUUGACGUGCGAUUCCAAUUCGCAAUAGAGUUCGCGAAACACAAAGGCAUCGUCCGCCCAGGGGACGUGAUGGUGUUGUUGAACGGAUGGAGACAAGGUGCGGGAUUCACCAACACCAUACGAGUAGUGUACGCGUCCGACUCAUUCCCUUGGGUAUAUCCACACAAGCUACCCGAGACCAUUCCGUCAGAUGAUGUUGUCGAGCAGGAAGAAAAUUCUGCUGGGGAACCUUCGGCGUCUACCUCUAGAGUUGUUACAGUCACGGGGAGUGUGGUUGUACCUCCUAGUCUUAGCUCAAGACUAAAGUCUAUGGAGGAAGACUACAGAAAGAUUGCGACUGAUAGAUCUCAAGAGAUUGAAGACAUAUUACUAAGCUCCGUUCGUUCGUUGAAAACGGGUACGGUGACGCAAGAAAGAACAGGUACGGUUCGGAAAGAUCAAGUGCAUGAAGCAUCGAGUGCAAUAUCUCAUAAACUUGCGAGUAAACUAGGAGCAAACUCUGACAUCAAAAGUUACCAUUCAGGUUCUAAAGUAGUUCCAGAUCCUUCGGUAAGGUAUAUUCAUGGUGAAGAUAAAGGAAGAGCUAGUGUGGUCAGUGUACAAAAGGCGACAGUUUUGAGUACCAAACCAGCGACAGUGUUGGGUACCAAACCAGCGACCGUUGUUUCAGUAAAACCUCCAACCAUCGUGUCUACAAAACCUCCCACUGUUUUAUCAGCCAAACACCCAACCGUGGUAUCAGUCAAACCCCCAACUGUUUUAUCAGUUAAGAACCCAACAGUCAUAAGAUGGUGGGUGUUCAGCUCUGCGAGACUUCGGUCUCCCACCUGCCUGUGGCUGAGGUUCUAUGGGGCUUGCCCUGCCUGUGGUAUACGACUGACAUUUAGUGAGGCAUUUUUCCUCGGCUCUGGAAGUAGUAUCUUCCUGGGAGGUGGAAAAUGGGCAAGCAAAGCCCCCAAAGGGGAGCUCUGCGAGAGGUGGAAGUGCGUCAUCAAUCUCUCACCUGCCUGUGGCUAUGGUUCUAUGGGUUUCGGCCCGCUUGCUGUGUGCGAUCAACAUUAUGUGGGGCAAAUCCUCAACUUUGGAAGUUUCGUACCUGCUGGAUUCCAGGUGGAGUGA